AUGGACACAAAUAUCACUCUAGAUCCAGACACAGCCCAUCCCAAACUCAUCCUGUCUGAGGAUUGGAAAAGUGUGAGAAGGGGAGACAAAGAGCAAGACCUGCCUGACAAUCCUGAGAGAUUCAGUGACUGGCCUUGUGUGUUGGGACGUGAGGGAUUCACAGCAGGCAGACAUUUCUGGGAAGUCACUGUGAAAAGUGGGGAAUAUUGGACUUUGGGGGUCGCCAGGAAGUCUGUGGAGAGAAAGGGCAGCUUCUCCUUAAGCUUUGUCGACUUCUGUCCUGAGAGAGGGAUCUGGGCUGUGGGGAAGUGGGAAAGCGAGUACUGUGCCUGCACCUUCCCUGAUGACUCUCCUCUGUCCCUGAGUGAGGAGCCCAGGAGGAUCCGGGUGACUCUGGACUAUGAAGGGGGACGUGUGACUUUUUAUGCUGCUGACUCAGGAGCCGAACUCUACAUGUUCUCAGGAGCAAAGUUCUCUGGAGAGACCCUCCUCCCUAUUUUUUAUCUGUGGGGAAAUUAUAAAACCCACCUCAGGAUCUCCUGAGGAGACUAAAUCUGCCUCUCAGGCCCAGUUGGGAGUUUCUUUCCAGACCGGAAUGACAGGUCUAAAGACCAACAUUUACCUCACAAUAGCAGUUUUUGGGUUGCCCUUUGAGAGGAUUCAUUCCAGUAAUGAUCUGCAGAAGCAGCAAAAGAGACAAAAAUUGUAGACUCCCCUCCCCCGCCAUUCCCUUGGCAGCAGACAGUAACACUGUAAGAGUUCCAAUAAAUAAGACCUCAAUAGGAAUUCACUGAAUUUAUCUUCAAACACGCCUUUGGCUGAUUGGCCUACAAUGCCCUUUUAAAUGUGUUGUGGGAGUGCGGAUUAUUGGUUUGUUUUUGUUCGUUAAAUGUUUUGUAAUGCGGUUGGCAUUUCACUGAGCCUCUUGGGCUUGCCGAUCAGAAGGUCGGCAGUUCGAAUCUUCUUCUUCUAAAAAAAUAGUUUUUAUUUGGUUUUACAAGUAUAAAGUUAUAACAUUAUCAAAUACACUCAAAUUUAGAGAUUUAUCUGAAUCUCAAGACUUCCCACCAUCCUCUCCAUGGGUCUUAUUGUCAUCAUUUUCAGCUGCAUAUUAUUUCAUUGUCUAUAUUUUAAGUCUAUCCAAGUUAUCCAACGUAUUUGUUACAUUACAAGUGUUGUUAAAAUCCUUAAAUAAAUUAUAAAUCUUUCCCAUUCUUUCUUAAAACUUUUGUCUUCUUGGUUCCUAAGCCUUCUGGUCAGUUUUGCCUUUUCAGAAAAACUGCUAGGCAGUGUUUCCCCAAUCUUCAGCCUCAGAUAUCUCUAAUUCGUUAAUUUCCUUUCCACACAAAAAGUCCAAAAGGGGGCUCUUCAAUUGUUAAUAUCACUAAAUAUCAAGAAUAUUAAUCUUCCAGUCCAGCACAACAACUUUAUCUCCAUCCGCUCUUAUGUGAAUUUUCUGGUGUCAAAGGAGAAUGGAGUUUGAGGUAAAACGUUUCCCACAGUAUGAACAGUUUCAGCCUUGUGUGUAUUCUCAUAUAUAUUUUUUAAUUUUUAUUGGAAAUUUUAUUUACAGCAUAACAUAAACCCCCACUCCCCCAGUACUGAAAUACAAUAAAUAUAACAUGCAACAAUACAAACAACCAAAUAAAAGACUUCCUUUAUCCUG